CUGCCCACCUGAAGAUGGCUUGUGCCUACUCUGGGAUGCAGCCCAGUGCCUGAGGUCCUUACCAUGGUGAUGAUCCUGAGGAGAAGCCUUGCCAACCAGGGAACUGACUCCAUAGCAUGCAGGACCUUCAGCCCUGAACUGCACACGCCAAAGAAGAUGAGUCAAGGACCUACCCUUUUCUCUUGUGGAAUUAUGGAAAAUGACAGAUGGCGAGACCUGGACAGGAAGUGCCCUCUUCAGGUUGACCAGCCGAGCGCCAGCAUCUGGGAAUGCCUGCCUGAAAAGUGUCAGGACGGCACACUGUGGCAUCAGGAGGCUGUGACUGCCUGUGCAGUGACCAGCCUGAUCAAAGACCUCAGCAUCAGUGACCACAACGGGAGCCCCUCAGCACCUCCCAGCAAGCGCCAAUGCCGGUCACUGUCCUUUUCUGAUGAGAUGUCCAGCUGCCGGACGUCAUGGCGGCCCUUGGGGUCCAAAGUCUGGACACCUGUGGAGAAGAGACGGUGCUACAGCGGGGGCAGCGUCCAGCGCUACUCCAACGGCAUCAGCACCAUGCAGAGGAGCUCCAGCUUUAGCCUCCCUGCCCGGGCCAAUGGGCUUUCCUCACCCUGCCACCAGGCGGUAUUGCACCACCGCUUUGGGGGACAACCCUGCCAAGUGGCACCAGGCUUGGCCUCCUGUGGACAGGCAGGUGACACCUGGACCCCCGACCUGCACCCCACAGGAGGGGGCCGGCUAGACCUGCAGCGGUCCCUCUCCUGCUCACAUGAGCAGUUUUCCUUCGCGGAAUACUGUCCACCCUCAGCCAACAGCACACCUGCCUCAACACCAGAGCUGGCGAGACGCUCCAGUGGGCUCGCCCGCAGCCGCUCCCAGCCAUGUGUCCUUAAUGACAAGAAGGUUGGUGUAAAACGGCGGCGCCCUGAAGAAGUGCAGGAGCAGAGGCCUUCCCUAGACCUUGCCAAGAUGGCACAGAACUGUCAGACCUUCAGCAGCCUCAGCUGCCUGAGUACGGGGAUGGAGGACUGCAGCCCCCAGAGCCCCUUCGCCCUCCAUGUCAGCAGCACCCGGUCCUGGACCGCCCUGCUCUCCGCCUCAGCCUCCAGCCCAGGGGGCAGGACCCCUGCUGGGACCCCGGUCCCUGAGCCUCCUCCCCACUCCUUCGACGAUCACCUAACCUGCCAGGAGGACCUGUCUUGCGAGGAGUCAGAUGGCUGUGCCCUGGAUGAAGAUUGCAACAGAAAGGGGGAGUUGGCCACAGCCUGGAGGGACCGCGGAGCUGCCAGGAACAGCCUCUGCUCCCUGGAUGGCGAGUUGGACAUCGAGCAGAUAGAGAAGAACUGAGGGCGCCCUGGGCCCUGGUCCAGGAUGGGGGUGCUUUAGAAUCAAUGGGCCCUCCUCUGGGUGCUCGGUGGACACUCUUAGGGGGAGCCCAGCUCCUGGGCCUGACAAAAGCUUCCUGAGAGGUGUUGGGUCCCAGGGAGAUUGCCCACCGCCUCCCCACGUUCUGUGAAGGUGACCUGGCCCUGCCUCUAGUGGGACGUGUCAGUCUCCCCAGCUGUCGAGCACGUCAGCCACCAGGUCCACGGGACUGCUGUAGCCCCACGGAGCAGCUUUUUGGUUUGGUCUUUUCUGCCUUGUUUCUUGGGGGGUGUUGGACAGGGCUGGGCCCGUGCUGCAUCCCUUGGGUGGGGACGCUGGGAGCCAGGCGUGGGCUGGGGCCAGGAUCCCUUGGGCCAUGUCCUGGUCCUUCUUGGCCUCACUCAGGUCCACUCUGGGAGUUGGCCCACAGCUUCUUUCACUCAGUUUAUUCCGUGCCUUCUCUCCCAGGUCUCCCCGCCCCAGGUCCGGGAAGGUUCGGGAGACACCCCCUCCUGUAGAAACACCAGAGCCGCUUGGCCUUAAUCCCACAUGUGGGGGCUGGUAUGGCCCCCGAGCAGGGAAGCCAUGUUCAUGCCCAAGGCCAGGGAACAACUCUGGGUGCUUGUUAGAGGCCAUCCACGUUGGAUGGGGAUGGUGGAUCUGUGGGCCAGAAGACACACCCACUCACCCCACCUGCGGCCUGGAGAGCCUCCCCGCACUCCACUGCCGCAGGGGCUGCCGUGGCACGGCUGGCAGUGGCAGGCUUCCCCGUGGCUCCCAUUCCCUCGUUCAGGUGAGGGCAGUGGUACACGACACAAGCAUGGCCUCUUAGAAGUGUCCUCAGGAGUCAGGAGCUACGAGCUGGCCAUUCCGUGGGGCCUGGGAUGGGGGGUCUGUGAACCCCUGCAGUGUUUCUAGCACAUUCUCACGUGUUCAUGGGCACUCUGGCUUUAAUCCAUGUGCACUGCCCGCCUCAAGACAUCUGUCCACUGUGGGAGCCCAGGCUGGGUGCCGCCCCUCCAAGGCAGGCCCAGCCAUGGCCCAGCUUGCUUCGCUUGCUUUGUGGCUCCUCACUCCCGGCACCUCUCCCCAAGGAUUUGCACUCAGGCAGCUCCCUAGCCCGCCUUGCAGACCCCACAGGCUCUGCACUCUGGGAAUCUGGCUUUUAGCAAACUUGGCAUCUUUCGCAGACAAGAGCAAGUGGGCUGGCUUGUGAGCAAGUGGCUCAUUUUCCCAUAAGGCUAAAAAUAGCUGACAUGUUCUCGCGAGUUCACCGACACGAUCCCGGGCACUUUUGUAGUCACUUUGCCUUUGCUCAUCUUCGUGGAUGAGCGAAUGCCUCACUUCUGCAGGUCGAGUCCUAUGGUUCUCACCUUUCUCCUAAAGAAAGACCCUGUUUGGGAAACUUUGUUUAAACCUUCACUUUUUACUUACAUCCAAAGGGUGGUGGCUCAAAUUCUGUUGUAUAGUUGGCAUCAAAUCAGCCACAGGAUGCUUGCAGGAAGCCCCUACCCCAGUGGCCCUCAGAACCCUGUGGCAGUCUCAGGCUGGCCAGCGCAAUGGUGGCACUGGGUGGGGCAGUGUGUGUGUGUGUGGGGGAGGGGUUCACUGUCACUCCUACCGGAGGCGCUGGAAAGCCAAACCAGAGAGUCGUGGCUCAGUGGACAAGGGCAUCGUGCCUGAUCCCUAUAUGGCCAACCUUGAGGCCCUGUCUUCUCAGAGCAGCCCUAGAGGUGGUGGGUAGUUGUCAAGAGACCAAGGAGAGCACAUGCCAGAGCCUCCUGUCCCCAGAAAGUCCAGGAUGGGAAGUUCUAGUAUCUGGAGUAGCCAUACCAACGGUGGCCACCAUGGAACACGCCCUUCCUGUGGAAGGCAGAGGCAGGGUUCCCACUCCUUUCCCCCCCAAAGGGCCAGGCAACGUUAAGUCAGGGAGUGGCUCCCAGGUGCCUUUCCUUAGGGCCAGGACAGGAGGCACCUGGUGGCAAGUGUGUGUCAUAAGGCUGUAGGGGGGUGGCCUGUCCUCACAUCCUACCUACUCCUACCCUAGGCCUGAUGGCAGAAAGGCAAGCAGUGGCGUUUGCUGAGUCACAGCCUCAUCCUUCCCACCUCCCCCCAAGCCACUUCCAGGGCACUGCCAGGCAGAAAUGACCCUAUCCCAGGAUAGGGUUUGGCCCUUUCCAGUCUCCUCAUCCCUCUUGACUGUUCUGUCCUACCAAAGCCCCUGGCCUAAGCUCAUGAUAGCAGCAGUUAGCUGCAGUUAGGGGAGGAGAUGGCAGGUGUCCUUGCUUGAAGGAAGGCCUUCAGUUGGAUUGUGGUUGCCUAUGAUUGGGCAGAGCAGGCUCCACCUAGAAGGUGCCCCCCCUGUUUUCUUAGCAGCUACAUAGCCCAAAGGCCUUUCCUGUGCCCUACUCCACUGGCCCCAGACUCUCUAUCUUGGAGCUUUUGGGAGGGAGGUUUACCUGGGAGGCUCCAUCUGGCCCCCCUGUGGUUGUCCCCAAGGGUAGUGGGUGUCCCUCCCACCAGCAUGGUGGCCCCGGCCAGCAGCAGCAGAAGCAGGAGCCUUACCUUCAUCAGGCCUGCGUGUGAUUCCUGCCUCCACACAGAGGCAGAAGAAGUGCAGGACCUGGAAGGUGGGCUGUGCCCGGCUGCCUGCCUGCUCAGAAGGCCCCAAAGGAUGAGAGCAGGGCUGGGCUCCAGCAAGGCUGGUGGGAAGAGGGGCUUCCUGUCACGUGGCACACCCCACUCACUGCAAAAGCCACUGGACUGACAGGAGCUGCCGUCUGCCUGGGCACCAGGCCUGGGUUCAGGGCUGCAGCCUCACUGUUUACAUGACCGCACACCCUCUUGCCUUAUUCGCAGGUGGUGGGCCGCAGCCUGGCCCAGAGUCCAUGGGCAGAUGCCUGCAGGUCCCCAGGGAGCUUGUCCUGACCAUACAUACGGAUUUUCAUCCUCAGAAAGCCUUACUUUUCAACAAAAUUUUUGUAGCAGCAAAGUUUUGUGAAUUUGUAUGCUGAAAGAAAAUUUCAAUAAAGGAAAAGUCACAUUAAAAAGAAAACAAACCCCAGUUUCCAGUAGGGUCUCCUAAUGCAGAGGGGGGUGAUUUUCCACACUCGGAUGUGGCUGAGGUGCAUUCAGGGCACUGCCUGUCCCGGCAAGCUUCCAUAGCAGUCCGCACACCCCAGGAUCCUGCGCCCAUUCCCGCCGAAGGUUAAAGGCACAUGUGCUCUGUGGCCAGGGGUGGUCAGCUGAACCACGACCGCCUGUGACAUCACCACCUGGGAUGGUGCCAUCCAGCCAGGUGCCGGGGCUCGGGGAGCCCUGGAGGGCACACACAUGGCCUUGUGCAGGCCAUGGCGUGACACCCCACCUCAGCCAUGCUGCAGUCACAUCCCUUCCAUGGUGCCAGCCAGAGGAAACCAUGCCUCUUUAGAGAUGUUUUUUGAAAAAAAUUACAGACUGAAAUGGAGCUCUUGUAGCCUAGGUAGGAUAGUCUGACCUUCUAGCAUAGUCUUGUUGGCAAAUGAAUUGUGAUGUCAGUACGUGAGGGCGAUGUCCGGGGCUCGGGUGACAGGUGGCAUCUGGUCUGUGCUAGGGUUGUGCUUUUUCCCGACCGGCCCCGCGGUGUUGGUGUUGCAGAGCUUCAGGAAGUGUGGCGACCAGUGGAUUGCUGGGGCAAGGCCACAGUGUGCAGAGGGUGCUGGGUCUGUCCCCCACCGCCACCCACCGCAGCCUGUCCUCCCUGCGCAGGCCAUAACUGUCUUGCACUAGAGCCGCUCUAGUCUCAGGAAUUUGCUUGUUACUUUUACUGUGUAAAUAAAGCUUCCUGGUUCAUACCCAA